AUACAUCCAAAUCAAUAUGUCUGAACAAGAAGGUCCCGUUACCGCCUACACAUGGCAAAUCUCCGCACAAGACCAGCAGGGCGGCCCCGGUCUUGACAAAGACAUGAAGGAGCAGGCCAACUGGACACAACUCGAAUACUGGGAUGACAAUGGCAAGCCCUACCUCAAGGAGUACGAGGGUAGAGGUCUUCUCCAAGACAAGGCUGUCCUCAUCACUGGUGGUGACAGCGGCAUCGGUCGCUCCGUCGCCAUCCUCAUGGCUAGAGAAGGCGCCGAUGUUUCGAUUCUCUACUUGCCCGAAGAAGAGGAGGAUGCACAAUACACCAUCAAGCAGAUUGAGAAAGCCGGUCGCAAGGGCCACGGCAUGCAGUACGACCUCAAGGAGGAGGCCAACUGCAAGGCCGCCAUCGACGAGCACAUCAAGGUCUUUGGAAAGAUCAACGUCCUUGUCAACAACGCUUCCAUGCAGGAGUCGUGCGAGGACCACAGAGAGAUUGAUAUCGCCACCGUCACCAAGACUUUCCAGACCAACAUUAUCCAGNNGUAUGUUACGACCUUGUUCAUCAGGAUGAUGGCCCUGAGCAAGUACGCCCUCCAACACAUGAAGCGCGGCGACAACAUUGUCAACUCCGCCUCCGUCCUCGCAUACUUGGGCGACCCUUCAAAGAUCGACUACAGCUCCACCAAGGGCGCAAUUGUCACUUUCACCCGCGCACUCGCACAGCAGCAGGCACCUAGAGGCAUCAGAGUUAACGCUGUCGCACCUGGAAUCAUCUGGACCCCUCUUCAGCCCGCCACCGCCAAUGUCCCUGCCGAAGGCAUGAAGAAUGUCGGCGUGGGCAUGGCUCCUUUGAACAGAACUGGUAUGCCUAUUGAGAUUGCCACCGCCUACAUUCAGCUGGCAUCGCCUCUUGGUUCCUACUUCACCGGCGAGUGUAUCCACGGUACCGGUGGUAUCGAGAUGCAGGGU